CAUGUUGCGUGUUGUAGUGAAGUCUGCCAAGAUUAACCCGCCCCUAACCCCCCCACCCAGACCCUGUGUGUCUGUCUACUUCAGAGAUGUCAAGAAGAAAACUUCUGAGGGGGAAGGAAAUAACCCCACAUGGAACGAAACCCUAAUUUGGCACCUCUGGGACCACCCCCUACAGAAUGACUCUGUCCUGCAAGUCAUCCUUCAGGACUUGUGCUCAGAAAAGAAAGGAAGGUUCAUUGGCUUGGUCACAAUACUGCUCAAGCCCUUGGUGGUAAAACCAAGAGAAGUUCUUUUUGUGAAGGACCUGACCCUCCUCAACCAUUCCAUGAAGCCCACAGAUUGCACUAUCACCCUACAUGUGGCCCAUAUGACCAACCAGGAUAUUGAGAAGACAGGGGAUGAAGACCUCCUGGGCGUAACGGCACUAGAAGCAGCCAGGCAGAAGCUGAUGGUCCCCAGCUACGCUGUGCACAAGGAGCUGUCCUCAAAGCCGCAGCACUUUCAGGUCCAAGUGAAGGUGUUUGAAGCCCGCCAGCUCAUGGGCAACGACCUCAAGCCAUUGGUGAAGGUGGUCAUUGGAGGCCAUCAAAACCACACACGCACCAAGAUGGGGAACAACCCUUUCUUCAACGAGAUCUUCUUCCAGAAUUUCCAUGAAGUUCCUGCAAAGUUCUUCGAUUACACCAUCUUAAUCCAGGUGCAGAACGCCUCAGCGAUAAGAGCCAAUUCGGAGAUCGGCAGAUUCCAAACAGAUAUUGGUUUUAUCUACCAUUCUCCAGGUCACGCACUCCACAGGAGGUGGUUAGGCCUCUGCCAGCCAAAUGAACCCAACAGUGGUGUGAGAGGCUACCUGAAGGUCACCAUCUGUGCUCUCGGUGUGGGAGACCAAGCCCUGGUAGAUCAAAAGCUGCCCUAUGAUGCUGAUGACACCAAAAUUCACAUCUUGAAGUCAACAAUGGUCCCGAUGAACCUGGCCUACUUACAGUUCUUCAUCUACUGUGCAGAGGACCUUCACCUCAAGAAACACCAUUUAGUGAGUCCAAUGUUGGAAGUGGAACUAAUUGGGGAAAAGCUGAAGACACAGGUGAAGACCCAAACCGAGAACCCGAUCUGGAACCAGAUCCUGACCUUACAGAUUCAGCUCCCCUGCCUCUCCAGCUACAUCAAGUUCAGAGUCUGGGACUGCCCCAAGGGCAAAUUCUGGAGUGAAAUCGGGACUGUCAGCCUGAUACUCAACCAGAUCUCGUCCACCGGAGCAGAAAUGGAAGGAAUGUACUCUGGUUUCCUACCCUGCUUUGGCCCCAGCUUUCUGACUCUCCAUGGGGGUAAAAAGGCCCCUUUCCAGAUCCAAGAAGAAGGCGCUAGUAUCCCCAGCUCUGUUAAGGACGGUUUGGAGUAUCGAGGUCGGGUCUUCCUGGAGUUAGUCACCAACAUCAAGUCCCAGCCAGACACUAGGAUAAAGGACCUCUCCCAGGAAGUGACCAGUGUAGAGAAGCACAAGAACCGCCAAAAGUAUGGGCUGUGCAUCAUCUUCCUUUCCUGUACCAUGAUGCCCAACUUUAAGGACCUGAUCCAAUUCGAGGUCAGCAUCGGCCACUAUGGAAACAAGAUGGACCAGAAUUACAAGCCUCUCGUCUCAACUACACAGUAUAGCCCAGUGAUAUAUGAUGGGAACAUCUACAAUUAUGUGCCCUGGUACAACACCAAGCCGGUUGUGGCCCUGACCUCCUACUGGGAGGACGUCAGCUUCCGGGUGGACUGCCUCAACCUUCUGCACUUCACUCGGGACCGCCUGAAAGCCAACCUGGACACCCUGAAAUCUAUGCGGAACCCGAGGGACCCCGCCCUACUCCCCCAGUGGAGGAAACUGCUGAGGGACCUGGUGGAGGACUGCAAGCACCCUCUGCCCUGCAUGAUCGAUCAGCCCAAAGCCACGGAACUGGACAGGAAGAGGUGGCAGCUCCGCAGCCUCCUCCUCAAGGAACUGGCCCAAAAGGCCAAGGAAGUCCAGCCCAGGGACAUGGUGGCCACCGUGGAGGGCUGGCUGUACCGCCUCAACGCCGUGCUCCCCGAGCCCCAGGUGAGCAUCCCGGACGUGAUGAUCUGGCUGAUGGCCAAGGAGCAGAGAGUGGCCUACGCACAGGUGCCCGCCCACAGUGUCCUGUUCUCCCCGACGGGGGCUCUGCACUGCGGCAAGUUCUGCGGGAAGACACAGACUCUGCUCCUGCAGUACCCAGAGGGUGAAGGGCGGAAGGACUCGCUCCCGGCCCAUCUCCGGGUCUGCAUGUGGCUGGGCAACGUCACAGACAGCUGGGACCUGCAGCUGCUCCGAGAGGGCGAGGUGGUCGUGUACGCGGAGACGUAUGAGAACCAGGCCAAGUACAAAGACCAGUGGGGGCAGCAGGGGCUGUACCAGUCCCCCAACUUCUCUGACGUCCUGGGCCACAAGGCUCUCCCCAAGGAGGAUUUCAAGGAGCCCUCGGGAUGGCACUGGGAGGGGAAGUGGACGGUGGAGCCGCAGAGGAGACUCCUCCUGGACACAGACAUCAACAAGAGCCAGGUGCUGGAGGAGGUGUACGAGAACCAGCAGCGGGACCUCGCGGGGGCCUGGGUGCCGGCAGCCACCCCCAACACCGACGUGGACGGACAGCCCGUGGAGGCGCGGGAGAACAUGAAGUGCCCCCAAGGCUGGCACGUGAAGAAGAACUGGACGGUGGAGCUGAACCACGCGGUGGACAAUGAGGGCUGGGAGUACGGCGUGGGGAUCCAGCCCUCCGGCCUGCCUCCGGUCUGGAACUCAGUGGAGAAGACCUACUACUCCUGCCGCCGGCGGCGCUGGGCGCGUGUGCGCUGCCGGAACCACGGGAAGCUGAACCUGGAGCAGGAGACCCUGUCCUUCCUGCAGCUGGUGAGGGGGCCAUCUGGGCAGGAACAUGGCAGGACCGCUGGCAGGGAGGAGGGCUGGGAAUACGGCACCAUGGGCUCCAAGUUCAACCUGGACCCUCAGCCCCAGAGCCGGUUCCGCCGCCGCUGCUGGCACCGCAGGCUGGCCCCCAACAAGGACAAGGGCAUCGCACCCAUAUUCCUCCUGGAGGGAUCCUUGGGGAAGGAUCUGAAAAAGCAGGCCGAGAAGGAAGAGAACAGGCCGCCGUCACGGGGUCUCAGCAGAACGUUCAGGGGCUCCUGGAAGCCUGCCCCGGAGGACACCCCGCCGCCGCCCCACCUGCCUUUCAUCUACUGCAUCUUCAAGAAGCCCCACUACUACCAGCUUUUCUGCUACAUCUACCAGGCCCGGAACCUGAUGGGCAACCAGAUCCAGACAUUCCAGGAGCCCUUCGUCCGGUUGGUCUUCUUGAACCACAGCCAGUGCACCCAAACCCUGAGGAGCUCUGCAGCCCCCACGUGGGCCCAGACGCUCAUCUUCCAGCACCUCCUCCUGUACGAGAGCCCUCACGACACCAGGGAGAGCCCGCCGCUCGUGGUGCUGGAACUGUGGCAGCGGGACUCCCGGGGCAAGGAGAGCUUCCGGGGACGGAGCACGUGGCCCCCAGUGGUCUGGCUGGAUGUCCAACAUCGGGUCUUGCCCCCCAUGAGGUGGCAUCCCUUUGCAAAAGAGUUGGGGGAGAAAGAGGGCGAGAUCUUGGCAUCCUGUGAGCUGAUCCUUGAGACUGAGGUACUGGGAGAGGGCCCUCUGCCAAUCUUAAGUGUUCCCUGGAAGAACGGGGUCUUCACACUCCCCAAGAGCAUGCAGCCCACGCUAAGGAAAAUGGCGGUGGAGAUCCUGGUCUGGGGGCUCCGGAACAUGAAGCAGGUGCGUUCCCCCCAGCUGCUGGUGGAGUGCUGGGAAGAGGCCCGGCAGACAGAGCCCAUCAGGGACUUCAAGACCAACCCCAACUUUGCCCAGUCGGUCCUCUUCCUCACACUGUUCAUGCCCACGGAGGAGGCCUACGCGCUGCCCCUCGUAUUGAAGGUGGUGGACAAUAAGGACUUCGGCCAGCAGACCCUGGUGGGUCAGGCCAACAUUGACUCCCUGCAGCCCUACUUCUGUGACCCCUGGGCCUCAGACUACGUACCCCCACGGCUUCCAAAGUUGUCCCUGAACAAGCACCAGCUCCUAGAUGACCUCGUUGAAAAGUUCUGCUUCAAGUCCAGCAAAGCCGAGGAUGAAGACGAGUAUGAGGUGGACUGGUGGAGCAAGCUGUUCUGGGCCACAGGGGACGGCAAGUCCCUGAAGUACAGGGACAAAGACUACCACACCCUGGAGGUGUAUGACUGUGAGCUGGAGGCUGUGCCAGCCUUCCAAGGCCUGCAGGACUUCUGCCAGACCUUCAAACUCUACCAGGAACAGCCCAAGUCAGACAGCCCUGUGGUCGGAGAGUUCAAGGGCCUUUUCCGUGUCUACCCCUUCCCUGAGAACCCAAAAGCCCCCCAGCCCCCCCGCCAGUUCUUGGUUUGGCCUCAUAAAGAAGACUUCCCUCAGCAAUGCCUGGUGCGGGUGUACGUGGUACGAGCAAUCAACCUGCAGCCCCAAGACUACAAUGGCCUGUGUGACCCUUAUGUGAUCCUGAAGCUGGGACAGAUAAAACUUGGCAGCCGAGACAUGUACCAGCCCAACACUCUGAAUCCCAUCUUUGGCACGAUGUUUGAACUGAGCUGCACCAUCCCCCUGGAGAAGGACCUAGAGAUUGAGCUGUAUGACUUUGACCUGUUUUCACCUGAUGAUAAGAUUGGCACCACAGUCAUCGACCUCGAAAACCGACUCCUGUCUGGCUUUGGAGCUCGCUGUGGGCUCUCCCAAUCAUACUGCCAGACAGGACCCUUCAGGUGGCGGGAUCAGGUGCCCCCAAGCUUCCUCCUGGAACACUACGCCAUGCGGAAAGGAUUGCUUCCUCCUCUGUUCAACCCUGAUGGUGACUCUGUUUUUUACAAUGGGAAAAAAUUCAAGCUGCAGCACUUUGAGCCCCAGCCCCCUACUGCUCGUUACUUGGGCCCCAAAAAGGAGCGCCUUGCACUGUACCUCCUGCAUGCCCAGGGGCUGGUACCCGAGCACCUAGAGACCCGCAUGCUGUACAGCAGCAGCCAGCCAGGCAUUGACCAGGGAAAGAUACAAAUGUGGGUGGACAUCUUCCCCACGAAACUGGGGUCUCCUGGCCCCCCAGUCAACAUCAGGCCCAGGCAGCCUAAAAGGUAUGAGCUGCGCUGCAUUAUCUGGAAAACUGCCCACGUGGACCUGAAGAGCGUCAAUUUGAGUAACGAGAAGAUGAGUGACAUCUACGUCAAAGGGUGGCUAUUCGGGCUAGAGAAGGACAUGCAGAAGACAGACAUCCACUACCAAUCCCUGACUGGCGAGGGCAUCUUCAACUGGCGGUUCAUCUUCACCUUGGACUACCUGGUGGCUGAGCAAAUGUGCGUCCUGAGCAAGAAGGACUACAUAUGGAGCUUAGACCCCAUGGUGAUGAAGUUUCCGGCCCGGCUCAUCAUCCAGAUCUGGGACAAUGACAUCUUCACCACUGAUGACUUCCUAGGGGUCCUGGAGCUGGAUCUGUCUGACAUGCCCUUCCCGGCCCAGCACGCAAGCAUGUGCUCCAUCAGGAUGAUGGAUACUGACCCCAAGUGGCCCCACUUCCUCCAGCACAAGCGCUUCUCCCUCUUUAAGAAGAGGACUGCAACCGGCUGGUGGCCUUGCCAGGUCCUCGAGGACGGCAAGUGGCGCUUGUCGGGUAAAGUGAAGAUGACACUGGAGAUUCUGUCUGAGGAGGAAGCCUUAAUCAGGGCAGCAGGACGUGGCCAGUCAGAGCCCAACCAAUACCCUACACUCCACCCUCCCCCGCGCACCAACACCUUGCUCUCAUGGUUUCAGUCACCUGUUAGAAACUUCUGCUAUGUUUUCUGGAAACGCUACCGCUUUAAAAUCAUAGUCAUCUCAAUCAUAUUGAUUGUCGGGCUUAUGCUGUUCAGCUUCAUGUACUCAGCUCCGGGCUAUUUGGCCAUGAGAUGGGUCAAACCUGAGCUUCGGCUGACUGCACCUAAGGAUAUGUUCACCAAUAUCAUCAAUUCACUGAACACCAGCAAGGCCAGCUCUUCCAACCUCACUACCCCACGUCCUACCCUAGAGUCUAAAACAGGCCAUCAGCUGAAACUCCUGCGACAUAUUUUUCCAGAACUCCCAGCCCCACAAGGCUAAUUUGGCCAGGUUUGCCUGGCUUCUCUUUGCCCACUGUCAACCCUAUCCUAGAGCUUCUUGCCAAUUCCUUAUUUCUAUCUUCUAGGACAGCAAGGGGCUAGGGAUAUUCUGGCCCUUCUGCUGAGAAACCACUUCCAGCAAGAAAGGCAAAGUUGUAAUUUUCCACUAAAAUAAACAAGCUUUGUAACAAAGCCGCUUUGUAAUUUGGGGGGAGGGGGGUUUGAAGACCAUAUGAAUGGCCAGCCUUUCGGACAAGACUCCCAGGGACAGGAAGCAGUGUCACCUUUGGCACUACCUCCGUCUUCUGUC